GCGCCAGAGGUCCUGCACAGCCGCCGCCGCCGCUGCCGCCGCCUGGAUGCCAGAGGCUCCCCGGGAGCCGGCGGCCAAGGGCACUCAGCGGCAGCUGGAGGAGGAAGAAGACGAGGAGGAGGAGGAGGAAGAAGAAGAGGGCGACGAUCCCGGGCGCGGAGCGGGGGGCCUUUCCGGGGCAACCUGGUCCUGGCCAUGGCCUCCAACUUUAACGAUAUAGUCAAGCAAGGCUACGUGAAAAUCCGCAGCAGGAAGCUCGGGAUUUUCAGAAGAUGUUGGCUGGUCUUCAAGAAAGCUUCAAGUAAAGGACCUCGAAGGCUAGAAAAAUUUCCAGAUGAGAAGGCAGCGUAUUUCAGAAAUUUUCACAAGGUAACAGAGUUACACAACAUCAAAAACAUAACCAGACUGCCUCGAGAAACCAAGAAGCAUGCAGUAGCAAUUAUCUUUCAUGAUAAGACAUCAAAAACAUUUGCCUGUGAGUCAGAGCUUGAGGCAGAAGAGUGGUGCAAACAUCUUUGCAUAGAAUGUCUUGGAACUAGACUUAAUGAUAUAAGCCUUGGUGAACCUGAUCUACUUGCUGCUGGAGUUCAAAGAGAGCAAAACGAACGAUUCAAUGUAUAUCUUAUGCCUACACCAAAUUUAGAUAUCUACGGUGAAUGUACGAUGCAGAUCACACAUGAAAACAUUUAUCUCUGGGAUAUCCAUAAUGCUAAGGUUAAACUGGUCAUGUGGCCUCUCAGUUCUUUGAGAAGAUAUGGGCGUGAUUCAACAUGGUUCACUUUUGAAUCUGGAAGGAUGUGUGACACAGGAGAAGGGUUAUUUACCUUUCAGACAAGAGAAGGUGAGAUGAUCUAUCAGAAAGUCCACUCUGCAACACUGGCAAUAGCUGAGCAACAUGAAAGAUUGAUGAUGGAGAUGGAACAGAAAGCACGGCUUCAGACCAGUUUGACUGAACCAAUGACAUUACCUAAGUCAAUCUCACUUCCUCGUAGUGCAUACUGGCAUCACAUCACUCGGCAGAACAGCGUGGGAGAAAUAUAUAGUUUACAAGGGCACAGUCUUGCAAAGGUGGCUCGUGCACAGACAUUUCCCAGCUACACCUCAGAACAAGGUGAGGAGCAUGAGCCACGCCUGUCCCUUUCCAGCAGCUAUGGAUUUAGCUACAGCUCGGACCUUGUGCAAUGACACACAUCUGGUGUUUGAACAAAGAAACACUCUAAUGUGGAACCUACCUGCAGGCCCUGGAAGCCAUUGAUCUUUCUUUGGGUAUCCAGAGAAGACAGUUGGUAGUGAAAACCGAGAAGUCUCCCGCCUGAUGACAGUGGAAGUGAAAACUUGGAUCACUGCUUCCUUGAGGCAGAAGUCUAAGUCUUUUAUUUAUUUAAAUUUUAUAGUUGUUUUUGUCCAUGUUUUUUUAAAAGAAGAAUUCCCUUGAAAAUCAUGGAUGUAUGCAGUCGAUGUUUCUGCAUAACCACAAACAUUAUGUGCUCUAAGAGGGUGGAUGUCAUGUUUGCAAUAUUAGGCUUUUGAUCAACUCUGCCAUCAGAUCUGCUUGUCCAUGACAGUAACCACUUUUAUCUCCAAGGCAUCAGCCUGGCUCAUUCUUACAUGUUACAAAACUUCAAAGGGUUGGAAGGCUUCCUUCCGAUAAUUAUGCACAUUUUAGUCCCAUUAACUUCCAUGGGAUGUAUGCAUGUCUAUCUUUAGGACAAUAGCCUAAAGUUUCACUUGUGAGAAGAAGCCAGUGACUCUUAAUCAGAUUCUCAUUAUUCAAAUUAAUACCCAAGAUAGAUAAUAGAUAGAUACUGUCAAUGGGAUGGCAUGGUGAUGCUUAGUAGCCUUUCAGAAAAUAGAUUGUGUCGUGUUAUUAAGAGGUAAUUUGCCUAGAAUAUUUGCCACACUGAAUUUGUAUGCCCAGAUUCGCUCUUAUCUAUGUGCAUUCUGAACCUAAUAAUCCACAGCUUUCUACUGGGAACAGUGGUUAUAGAUGUCAAGGAAGACCGUGUUUACAAUGCACUUGUCAAAGUCUUCCUUUUGUAGAUAAUUUUUGGAUAAUUGAAUUUGUAGUCAGUAUACUUUUAACCCUGUAUACUGUGCAGGUAAGAAUUGACAUCACAUGACUUAAUGGCAGCCCAACAUUCCAUAGUUUUACACAGCAAGAUGCCUGGCAGGUAGAAUAAUUUCAAGAGCAGUUGUUUUUACGGAGGUCUUUUAGGCAACAAAAUGGAUUUUCUCUCUUCCUUAUACAGCAUGGGUGUCAAACUUGUGGCAUCAUGUUGCUGUCACGUGACAUAUCACAACAUUUUCCCCUUUGCGGAGCUGGGUGGGCGUACAUGAUCCAUGUGGCCCGUGGGCCGCCAGUUUGACAUCCCUGUUCUACAGCAUUCUUUUUGUGGUGGAUUCUGUGUACUAAUAUCUUACUCAGUUUUACCCUGGUCAUAUGUACAGAUCCAUUUUGCACUUACAUUUCAUUAUAGGUAGUCCUCACUUAACAACCACUGUUGGGAAAAGCAAGUCUAUUACUAACUGAUGCCACCUUUAAGCGAAGCAUGUGUGACUGCAACUUGCAAUUUCCUGCUAGCUUUUCCAUUGACUCUGCUUGUCGGCUGUGAAGUGAACAAAUAGCAGUACACAAUGAUCGUAGGAAUGCUGUAACAGUCACAAGCAUGUGGCAAGUGUGUGUGUGGUCAUAAGGUUAUUUGUUCAGUGCUGUUACAACUUUGAAUGGUCAUUAAACAGAGCACUUGUUAAGUGAGGCUUAUCUGUAAACAAUGUCUUGUUAGUCCUUCCUACAGUCAAUUGCAUGGAACUGGAUUGUUUCAAACUGUAGAGUCUUUUAUUGGCAUAUUUUGCCUGUUUCAGAUUUUUCCAACAACUAUAUAAAAUGAACAGUGAUAGCCAUGAGUAGAAGAGGUGAAACUAUUGAAGAUCUGAAUAAGUUUUUCAGAACAAUAUUUUCGAAAUCCCACCUGGGUCGUGGUUAUACUAAUUUGUCAGAUUUAACUCCAUUUAUUCAGUCUUUUUCAUCAAUACAAUAUCAUUUGUUACCACCUCUGUCACCCAUCAUUUGUUACAUUGAAUAUUAUUCCAUACCAAAAUCAAAAUCUUGCAAACUGAGGAUGUCAACAUUGAAAACAUUAUCAUUGAUUAUCUUUAAGCACUAAAGAAAAGGAACGCAAAAAUGGUCUUGUGCAGUUAAUCUCUAAAGCAAAUCUGGCCGUUUGGAAUGCAAACUACUUAGAGUGGCAUUUUUAACUACUUUGAAUUGAAUUUAGAAACAAACUAAAUUAGAUCAAAGAAAUAUUGAAAUUUGAAACCCAUGCUUCAUAUAGUAAUCCACGUGGCCAAAAGAACCUGGCAAUGUUAUUCUGCAUUCCAUACAAUGUUUGAAUGUCUGGUAUCACCCUCCAUGGUAAAAGAGGUCCUUUCUUCAUUUUUGCCUAUAGUCCAAUUCUAAACAGAUUAAAAUAAAAUAACAGUCACAGUGGUGGUAAAUGCUCAUGUGUAAUUUAUCUAAGAUAUCAACCUUGAAGUCAUUUCCAUGGUAGAACAAGGCCAGAAGAACUAAAAUAAAGCUUUGUGUUAGAGCACAUCCAACAUAUGGAUCUUCUCCCCCACAGGCAUAUACUCAAGAAUUUUAUUUUUGAGAAGGCCUGGAUUUUUGCUAAAUGUUGUGACUUGCAAAUAAAUUGCACAGAAAGAAAUCAAAUAGGGUCCCCGCCCAUGUAUGAGAUGAAAUAGCACUCAUGCUGGCCAUAAAAUGAGAUAUAUAAGAAAUCAGUUGAGAUCAGUUGAAAGCAAAAGGAGAUUUUCCCAUCCAGUAUCUUUCAGCCUUCAUAAAUGUUGUCAAAACAAACGUAUAGUAAGCAAUCAUCAGAAAUUAUUUAUUGCCAGAAGACUGCUCCAUCGUUGAAGUUUCUGCUUUUCAUUGUUUUGUCAAACCAGCACAGAACAUGUUGAAAGGAAGAGAACCGAGUUUCCCAUUCCGCUAAAAGAUGAAGUUUUAUUUACCACAGUUGGAGGGAAAGAAUUUUACUUUUAUUCCUUUUGUAAACAAUGUGAAGGAAAUAUCUACUUCAAUUAAACAUUUAUUAAUACAUUACAGUGGAAGAUUUUUCUUACCCAAGCUUUUCUUGCAGUCUAAUCCCUUGCAGGCUUAUACACCUCAGUGAAGAGCUGCUGAAUGAAACUAGUGUGUGAUCUGAUGAAAUUAAUCACUCUUCCCUCCAUGCCAGCAUCUCUUCCCCCUUAUUUUCUUUUAUCUUGCUCACCAUGUUUCCACUAACUAGAGAGCGACUUCCUCUGCAGGAGAAUGAUAAGCUACCUACUACAACAAUGCAAAAUUACUGUUCCUGGUUGUGCUAACAUGCAAGCAUUCUCUUGCUGUAGCUCUGGUCAUCCAUUUUGACAAUUUCAAUAUGAAAUCACACUCUUCUGUAUUAAGUAGGGUAUUAGUCAAUGUCACUAUAUAUAAAUUAUAUUCAUCCAAACAAGUUUUCCUUGAACUUAAAAGGGGGGGAAAUACACAGAAUUAUUUCCACUGAAUGAUUUCAAAAUGACUAAAAAUGAUCUCAUGUCCCAAACCAGAAUUGCCUCUAGAUACGUUUUUGAAAUAAUCCAUACUACUGUUCUUUAUUUUCCCAUGAGAAAAUAACACUCAGAAAAGACUCCUAUAUUCCCAGUACAUUAUUCUGUGAGGUUUCAUUGUCAGAACCUGCUUUCAUUUACCCCAUUACCCAUCCUUCUCAGAAUCGCUAGGAUGGUGAACUUCAGCUAGAGUCCAACAAAGAAUAAUUCAACAGGCAGAGAACUACAGUAUACAAAUACUAUGAAUGCAAUUUUUUUUUCAGUAAAGUGUCUUUCAUGUAUUAAUUCCUAACCUUCCCAGCUAGCAUUCCUAUAUUGCUUAAGGGCUGCAGUUCUAACACUCCUAUACAAUGCCAAUUAAGGAAGAACAACCUAGGGCAAGCUAUUCACAAACCCCUGAAUGUCUGCUUGAUAGUAAUAGCCCUUCGAGUAAUGUCAUAAUUUACUUGUUCAUAGCAUCUCCUGCGAGAGCAACAUUUCACAAAAUGUACAAUUUCUAGAAAAUCUACAGGGAUGGCCAUACUUUGAAAUAACCUUAAAUGAGCUAAAUUGUUAAAAGGAAACAAUUAUGUGUACUUGGAUCUAAUCAAAGGAGAGGGGUAUCCAGAUGAGUAAGGCAAAGCAAUGGCUCAAAUUAAAGAAUGGGUUUAGUAGAGCGUACAGCCUUGCAUGUCUAAAUGGUCUUGCCGUUUCCCAUUCACCCAAGGGAAACAAGCUUUUCCACUGCACAGUUUCCUACUUAAUAGGCAGGUAGAUCUAUUGACUGAGGACCCUGUUAGAAUUCUUUGUACUUGACCUGCAAGACUAUUCUAAUUCAAGAAGAAGAAUGCUCUCAAGAUUAAUUUGGUUGUACAUUUCUUUUCAAAGAAUUCUUAAAGACCCCAGUGGGGUUCUGAGACAGGAUAGUCUUGGUAGAGAACAUUUUUCCCCAUUUCAUGUACAUGAAUUAAAUUACAGGUAAUCCUCGACUUACAACCAUUCAUUUAGUAAUCAAAGUUACAGUGGCACUGGGAAAAAGGGACUUCCGACCAUUAAAGCAUCCCCAUGGUCAUUGAAUCAAAAUUUGAGUGCUUAGUAACUGGCAAAUAUUUGUGACAAUUGCACUUUUUUGAGGUCAGGUAAUCACCAUUUGACACCUUCCCAGCUGGCGGCUGACAAGCAAAGACAAUGGGGAAAGCCAGAUGACCACAGGAUUCACUUAAGAACUGCAGUGAUUCACUUAGCAACU